UUUUGUCGCCACUGCACCGCCCCCGGCAGCUGCGGGCAGUGUCCUGCUGCACUAUCCACUUGGCGUCUGCACGUUGUGGGCUGCUGGCCGAGUGUGAAACCGGUGUUUUACGAUGGAUGAGUACAGGGUACUAAAGGUGAUUGGGGAAGGUUCCUUUGGUCGAGCUCUUUUGGUGCAAACUCGGCAUGAAAACUAUAAAUAUGUGAUGAAAGAAAUUCAGCUUUCAAAGAAUCCGAGUGGACUACAAAGAUCAAGGAGAGAAGCUGUACUACUUGCCACAAUGAAGCACCCCAACAUAGUUGCAUUUAUAGACUCGUUUGAAGCUGAAGGACAUCUCUAUAUAGUGAUGGAAUACUGUGAUGGAGGAGAUCUCACCCAGAAACUCCUGCAGCAAAAGCAACAACUGUUCCCAGAAGAAACGGUACUGAAUCUGUUUGUGCAAAUCUGUCUUGGAAUGAAGCACAUUCACGACAAACGGGUUCUUCAUCGAGACAUUAAAACUAAGAAUGUUUUCCUGACUAAGAACGGAGUGGUUAAGCUGGGAGACUUUGGUUCUGCUCAUCUACUGAAGAGCCCCCUGGCUUUUGCUCAUACCUACGUGGGAACUCCCUACUACGUAUCUCCAGAAAUCUGGGAGAAUAAACCGUACAACAACAAAAGUGACAUCUGGGCCUUGGGAUGUGUCUUGUAUGAAAUCUGUGCUCUGCGGCAUCCUUUCCAGUCGAACAGCUGGAAGAGUCUCAUACUGAAGAUUUGUAAAGGCUCUUACGCCCCAAUUCCAAGUCUGUACUCCUAUGAGCUGCAUUACAUCCUUAAACAAAUGUUCAAGAGGAGCUCGAAGGAUCGGCCCUCCAUUAACACCAUUCUUGCCAGGCGUUGCUUUGCAAAGCUAAUCCGCAAUUACUUAUCACCCGAGAUGGUGAAACAGGAAUUCAGUGAAGCGACAACGAAUAAGAAAAGAACCACACCAACUAAACAAAAAAAAGUUGUGAAAGGCGGUGUAGCAAGUAAAUGUGGAGAACACUCUGCUGGAGCUAGUGGAAGCAAAGGGAACAUGGAAACGACAGAGAAAUCUCCAGCCAUUCGGAAAUGGAAUGCGGCAGAAGGCAAAAACAUCGCCACGGGUCUGGCGCAAAAAACAUUGGAAGUAACUGCUUCUCAAAUGGAAGUGACGCCCAGAGGGGAGCAGGCGGUGAUACACAGUUCCAGAGCCCGUGGGGAGGCUGCUCGACGGCAGUGGAAUGAGUUCCCUCCGGACACGGUGCUGGGCAUCCUUGAGAAUGCACCGCUCUCGUCAGUCCUCACCGCUGGCGAAGAUCACCGCGGUGACGGUGUUUCAGUGUUUCCAAAAAUCAAUCUGCGAAAAGAAUGGAACCAAGAACCUCCCGAAACAGUUCUUAAUUUCUUACAGAAUAUUAACACAAACCUGGCUUCUAAGACCUACACGAUAAAUAAAGGAGUGUCUGCAACCUAUCUCAUGGGCCCACUCUCAGCUGACACCGGAAAGGCUGAUGAUGUCGACGGUGAAAUGGAAACUAUCCAGUUGGAUCCAGACAGAUCCGAGCCCAGAUCCGAUGAUGAAGACACGGACUUUGAGGAAGAUGAUGAACCAGACUGGGUGGAUGAAAUUAAGAAGUUGCUGGAGAACACUCUUUAAAGUGCUGAUAUUGAUCUCAAUGUUACAAAUUAAAUUUAUUUUCAU